AUGCAAUGCAUUCACUCAUCGCAUGGCCUCAGAGCCAAUCAAAUGCGUCAAACGCUGGACACGAGAAACGCUUUCCAUCACAGACUCAGUCGACUCGAGACUAGUCUCCGAAGAAUCGGCAAAAUCACUGUCUCUGAUGUCAACCAAUGUCUGCAGGAACUCACCAGAAACCGAAGAGUACGUCCGACGACUUCGCAGAGUCUUCUUCUGAUCCGAAGCUGCGGUUCUCUCGUGACGGAUGAGAGCCAACAGACGCGCAAAGAUUUGUGUCAAACUAUGUUUGAGACACUGUCGCAGACAUCGGAGUUAGAUAUCUCUCAUUACAACCAAUUGCUGAGAGUUUACGUCGAGAAUGGGUUUGAUUUCGAUGCCAUCGACUUCUUGGAGAAGAUGCAGUCCAAAGGCGUGGAUCCAAAUCGGGUGACGUUUAUACUUAUGAUUCAACGCUUCUGUCAAUUGGGAAACAUAUCGGAAGCCAUCAGACUCUUAGAGCACAUGAGGAACAAAGAGAUGCCAAUCAGUGAAUCGGUUUUCAAUUCACUGAUUGUCGGCUAUGGAAAAGCCGGUGAUCUGCAGACCGCACACCAGACCAUCGAUAUGAUGAAGAGCUCAGGCGUCGAGCCAUCGGUCGACACAUACACCUCUCUCCUCUGUGCCUAUGCUUUCAAUAUUCAAAGUCCAGAAUCUGAAGCAAAGAUUAAUGAAAUCAUAGCCGAAGCUAAAGCCAAAGAAAUUGAAUUUUCAGAAAAGGAUUUCUUUAAAGUUAUUAAAACCAUAGCUUUGGUUGACUCCGAUUCCAAACUAUUGGACCAAAUUCUGAACAAAAUCGACAAAACAAUUCAAUACAAUAAGGAGUGUCUGAAUGUUGUCAACGAUUUAUUGUUUGAAAACCGCGUGGAUGUCGCGCUCAGACUCUACGAGACUAUGGAAGCGCCCGAACAGCAGCUCAAACAGAGAACAGUCGGCAAUCCAGUGAUCAGAGGUAUGAUCAACGCUAACAUUUCGCCCAAAACUGUAAUAGAGUUUUGCGAGAGACUGGAGGCGAACGGCAAGAAUGAGUUUGCCAUCAAAAAUGCCACUGAAUUGGCGUUAAGUCACGCGAAUGCUUCCGACUGUCGCGCAUACCUGAAACGAUUGAGUCGCGAUCAGCCCCUUAAAGUGCACUACUUUUUCCCCGUUAUAGUCAAGUGUCAGAACGAGAACGAGAUUCUGGAUGUUUUGAGUGAAGACUUGUCUUCAUUUUCCGGUUCAUCGUAUACACAGCUCAUAGAGCUCUUCAUGGACUACGUUUGGCCCAAAAAUAUAUUAGAUGUGCAAACGUUUCUGGAAAAAUGCAAAUUAUCUGGAUUUUCGUAUACCAUUACAUUUAAUUCUCUGAUUCGACACCACAUUAACGUCAAUCGCAUCGACGAAGCCGUGCGACUCAUGUCUUCUCCCAACUAUUCUUCAGUCAAUUUGGUUAAGAGAGACCUUUUGAUAGCACUGACAGACGCUGUAUUGCGAGUCAAUCCUAAUAUCAACCAAAUUGUUAGAGCGCUUCAAAUAAUUUACAAGAAUCCCAAUCGAAGCGCGCGAUCACCAGAAGUCGAGACAAACGAUCCGUUCGGACAGUUCUUGCUAGUGUCUGAAGCCUCACUGCAAGCCAUUAGAGAUAGAGUUACUUUGAGUGACGAAAACGAUGACUUAUUGGCUAAACUUAAGUCUUCUGAUGACUUGAAAGGCAUUAUUAUUCACAGUUUAGACGACAUUACAAGACCCAGAAAAGAGAUGACAAUUGAAGAACUUGAGGGACAUCUCAUUGAACUGCGAUCUAAAGGCCUGAACACUAGAGGAGUGUUGAGAAGUCUACUCAUGGCUUAC